GUAAGUCACGUGCAUCCUCCAGUCAGCUGAAGCCAGGAGGAAUUAGCUCCGAGCUAGCGUGGCUAACUAGCCUGCUAACGACAACAUUAGACUUGCUCCGUUUUUAAGUUGACAAAUUACGUUUUUUUACUUGUCGUAGUUUUGCACAUAAAUUCGAGGACGGAGGUUAUGAUUUAAUAGGUGUGGAACGCGGUGCUGUUAUUUUGGUAACUUCGCUAGGGAGCUAACAGUUGUUGUUUUGGUUUUGAACAUAGUUAACUGUCAAGAGAAAUUCUCUCGUCUUGCUUUCUCGUUUUUUUUAAAUGCGUGCCUAGUGAACAUUCAAAAUACUCCGGUGUAUUUGUGAGCGCUAAGCUACCCCGGUUGGUUCAUGAAGGCACCACCACCAAUACCACCGUGAUCAGCGGCCACUCAGUGGAGUACUUGGCUGUCGAGCCUCGCCUCACUCCCGGCUUUGAACCAUCCGAGCGCCCCACUGUGUGAGUCAAGAUGCACGACGCCUACGAGCCGGUGCCGAUUUUGGAGAAACUUCCUCUCCAGAUCGACUGUAUGGCGGCCUGGGAGGACUGGCUGCUCGUCGGUACCAAGCCUGGGCAUCUCCUUUUGUACCGGAUCAAAAAGGAUCCAGCCACCAAUCUCUUCGAAGUCACCCUUGAGAAAUCCAACAAAAACUUUUCCAAGAAGAUCCAGCAGCUCUACGUCGUCUCGCAGUACAAAAUACUUGUCAGUCUUCUGGAGAAUAACAUCCACGUCCACGACCUGCUGACAUUCCAGCAGAUCACCGUGGUUUCCAAAGCCAAGGGAGCCACGCUCUUUGUCUGCGACCUGCAGCAAAGCAGCUCGGGAGAGGAGACGCUGAGAAUGUGUGUCGCCGUAAAGAAGAAGCUGCAGAUGUACUACUGGAAGGAUCGAGAGUUCCACGAGCUGCAGGGCGACUUUGGUGCUCCAGAUAUUCCAAAAUCCAUGGCCUGGUGUGAAAACUCCAUCUGCGUCGGCUUCAAAAGAGACUAUUACCUCAUCCGGAUGGACGGGCGUGGUACCCUUAAGGAGCUCUUCCCGACCGGCAAACAGCUGGAGCCGCUCGUCACCCCGCUGGCCGACGGCAAAGUCGCCGUCGGGCAGGACCACCUCACCGUGGUGCUGAACGAGGAGGGAAUCUGCACCCAGAAGUGCGCCCUGAAUUGGACCGAUAUCCCCAUCGCGAUGGAGCACCAGCCUCCGUACAUCAUCGCCGUGCUGCCCCGCCACGUGGAGAUCCGGACCUUGGAGCCUCGGCUGCUGGUGCAGAGUGUGGAGCUGCAGAGGCCUCGUUUCAUCACGUCUGCCGGACCAAACGUGGUGUACGUGGCCAGCAACCAUUUUGUGUGGCGCCUGGUGCCCGUCUCCAUCGCCACGCAGAUCCGACAGCUGCUCGAGGACAAGCAGUUUGAACUGGCUCUUCAGCUGGCAAAGAUGAAAGACGACGCAGACGGGGACAAGAAACAGCAGAUCCAUCACAUUCAGAACUUGUACGCCUUCAAUCUCUACUGCCAGAAGCGAUUCGACGACUCCAUGCAGGUUUUCGCCAAACUGGGCACAGAUCCCACUCACGUGAUCGGCCUGUACCCGGACCUGCUGCCGUCCGACUACCGCAGGCAGCUGCACUACCCCAACCCUCUGCCGACGAUGUCCGGGGCCGAGCUGGAAAAGGCUCACUUGGCGCUCAUCGAUUACCUCACCCAGAAACGCAGCCACCUGGUGAAACAGCUCAACGACUCGGACCCGUCCACCACGUCGCCCCUGAUGGAGGGCACGCCCACCAUCAAGAGCCGCAAGAAGCUGCUGCAGAUCAUCGACACCACCCUGCUGAAGUGCUACCUGCACACCAACGUGGCCUUGGUUUCUCCCCUUCUACGCUUGGAGAACAACCACUGCCACAUCGAGGAGAGCGAGUACGUCCUCAAGAAAGCGCACAAGUACAGCGAGCUCAUUAUUCUCUACGAGAAGAAAGGCCUGCACCAGAAAGCUCUGCAGGUUCUGCUGGACCAGUCCACCAAGGCCAACUCCCCUCUGAAGGGACACGAGCGCACCGUGCAGUACCUGCAGAGGCUGGGAGUUGAGAACCUCAGCAUGAUCUUUGAGUUUUCCCCCUGGGUGCUGAAGAUCUGUCCCGAAGAUGGGCUGAAGAUCUUCACGGAGGACCUGACAGAGGUGGAGACGUUGCCGCGGGACAAGGUGCUCAACUUCCUGAAGGAGGGCUUCAAGGAGCUGGCCAUCCCGUACUUGGAGCACAUCAUCUACGUGUGGGACGACAAGGGCCCCGAGUUUCACAAUACCCUCAUUCAGCUCUACCUGGAAAGGGUUCAAGGACUGAUGAAGCAAUACCUCAACUCACUGCCGGAAGGAGUUGCAGCCGUGGCGGCCGGGACGGAAAAAGGCGAUCUAGGAGAAUUCCGGAACAAGUUGCUUUCCUUUCUGGAUAUUUCCAGCAGUUACGAGCCGGCGCGACUCAUCAGCGACUUCCCCUUCGACGGUCUUCUGGAGGAACGGGCCCUGCUCCUGGGUCGUAUGGGAAAGCACGAGCAGGCGCUCUUCAUCUACGUGCACAUCCUGAAGGACACGCGCAUGGCCGAGGAAUACUGUCACAGCCAUUACAGCAGCUCCGUGGAAGCCGACAAAGACGUGUACCUGUCCCUGCUGAGGAUGUACCUGUCCCCACCGGACGCACACUGCCUGGGGCCCAUCAAGAUGGAGCUGUCGGAACCGCAGGCCAACCUCCAGGCCGCCCUGGAGGUCCUGGAGCUGCACCACAGCAAGCUCAACACCACCAAGGCCAUCGACCUACUGCCGGCCAACACGCAGAUCUACGAGAUCCGAGCCUUCCUGGAGAGUGUCCUUGAGGAGAAGGCUCAGAGGAAACGUAGCAACCAGGUGCUCAAGAGUCUACUGCAGGCGGAGUUUCUCAGGGUGCAAGAGGAGCGCAUCUUCCACCAGCAGGUCAAAUGCGUCAUCACCGAGGAGAAGACGUGCAGAGUGUGCAAGAAGAAGAUUGGAAACAGUGCGUUUGCCAGAUAUCCCAAUGGCGUGGUGGUGCACUAUUUCUGCUGCAAAGACCGCAACGCGUGUCCCACCGAGUGACACCCCAACAUGCCCCCCCCUCCCCCCCCCCCUGGAGUUACACAAGAACGUUACAAACACUCAGACUAAGUCACAGCAAGACUUUUUCUUUGAGAACGCGGUGGCCUUUUAUUUUUUUUGUGGACAUUUGCAGCGGUAGAACAAAAGCAGCGUGACUUAAAAUGGACGCCACUGAUGGAGGACGCUCGACUGUUAACGCCUUUUUUUUUUUCUGACUCACGAUUGUAUGCAAGGCGCUUUCUUGUCCGCUCGCAUGAAAAAUCACAUUUGACCUGCUGAAUUCACCCCCCUCGGAAAGUCCGCGAAGGAAACUAAAGUUUAUUUAUUGCUUGGAGGAACUCGAAUGAGCAAGGUUUAAUUUGUGCAUUUAAGUGUGUCUGUUAUUUAAAACAAACACAAAAACACUGUUACUGAAUUGUUUGAGCCGCUUCAGUGCAUCCAACACGCCUACGGUCAAUGUUUGCGCACGUCCUGCUCUACUUUUGUAGCUUCUUUUCAAGUGUCUUUGUCUGCCUUUCAUUUCAAAUAAAUAUUUUGCAGCAGGAUACAGGAUGUUUGACUAUCAUCCUCCUAACUCAAUAAAGUAACAGAACAAAUUGA